GAAGUAACAACACACACUCUGAUUGGCUUUCAAGACUCCCACGAGGGGUCUCAUGUAAAAGAUUUCCGAAAGGGUUUAUUGUUUCUCUGCUUUCGAGAGCCGAAAUUGUUUGCUAUCCACUCAGUUUUACAGUCAAAUAACGAGGCGGAAAAAUGGCCGGUGGCAAGGCAGGGAAAGACAGUGGCAAAGCCAAGGCGAAAGCAGUGUCCCGUUCCCAGAGGGCUGGCCUUCAGUUCCCAGUGGGUCGUAUCCACAGGCACUUGAAGACUCGCACAACCAGCCAUGGCCGUGUAGGAGCCACAGCAGCUGUGUACAGUGCUGCUAUACUUGAGUACCUCACUGCUGAAGUACUAGAGUUGGCGGGCAAUGCUUCUAAAGACUUGAAGGUGAAGCGUAUCACUCCUCGUCACUUGCAGUUGGCCAUCCGUGGAGAUGAAGAGUUGGACUCUCUUAUCAAAGCAACAAUUGCUGGAGGAGGUGUCAUUCCCCACAUCCACAAAUCCCUCAUUGGGAAGAAGGGCCAGCAGAAGACUGCAUAGAUGCCAUGUUGACCAGAAAUUUUGGGGCUUGGGCUUUCUUUGGACCAGGAGUUCACAUUUGUUCUUUUUUAUUUUUAAUAUUAUAGCAAAAGAAGAGUGAUUGUUAGACUUUGUGUUGUAAUAUUUUCCCAUAACUAGGAAAAAAAAGUGCAGAAAACCCCUUAACAACAAAAAAAACCCCUUUGUAUGUUGUUGUAGAACGUUUGACUGGGGAGUUCAUGAUUAUUUCAAAUGGUGACAGUGAAUUUGUUUGAUUGGCCUGGGAUUAUGUAAUGUUUUAUACUGAAAAAAGAAAUUGUUAAAACCAUUUUUUAUAUAAAAGAAAAAAAACUUGUUCUGUGGUUAUUUUCUUGAAGUUACAGUAUGUACUAUAAUGCAAGUUUUUAUGGAGAUCUUUUUGGACAGCAGAUAAUGACAGCUAAAUGUGCGACGGUGCUUUUUCCCUUUUUGACUUACUGUAAUAUUUUGAACUGCGCAAGAAUAGUCAUGUAUUAAGUUGAUUUUUUUUUUUAAACAUCCAAAUGAAAAGACAUUGAAAUUUACUUACUGCAGCUUUGUGCAACAGUGUAUUGCAUUUGCUUAUAGCAGUUCAAAACUGUAUUAAAUGUAAGUGUGAUCCUAGGCUGCUGUGAUCAGGUGACACUGAUCCUGCAGUCUUUGCCUCACUGUGGAGCCAUCUGUCAAGUAUAUUUCUUCUAUAAUUGGUACCUUGAUACUUGGAGACCAGAAAUCUGGCAGAUGUGGACCAUAUCAGUGCUUCAAAAAUGUAUCCACAGACUGUUGUCUCAAUUUUAAUUCUAGAUUUUUCAUGUAAAGAAGUCAGAAGUCAUUUCUGAAAGCUAUGUUUUCAGGGAAGAUACUGCCUAUUUUAUCUAUUAAUAAAUACAGUUUGCAUGCUAUCCUCGGUUUGAAACCACUACUUGAAGUUAAUUUUGUUACGGUCAUAUGUAAGGUGCUUCAAAUGUCCAACAUGAACAACAAGUGCAGUCUGUUUUUCAUUUUGGUUUACAAAUAAAUAUAUUUUAGAAAAAAAA